UUGGGUUUGCUUUUUGUUUUGUUUAUGUUUAAUUGUUUUGUAAUUUGGAUUUGUUUUGUUCAUUCGGAAUAAUCAAAAUUAAAAAGUUCACGUUUUUUGUCCGAUGCCGAUAUUUCAAUUUCAUCUGAGAGAAGAUGGCUUGCCCUAGUGAAAUAGCGCUAAUGUGCAGACUUUGUCUACUGAAAGAUAAACAACAAGUAAAUAUUCCAAUUUUCGAAGACCACAGUGAUAGUAAGCUAUUGGUUAAAAUCAGUGCCUUGUUACCCAUUAAGAUAUUCAAAGAAGACCAAUUACCCAAGAAUAUCUGUGAUGGAUGUUCAGACAAGUUAAACCUAUUGUACGAGUUUUGGAAUGUCUCCCUAGAAUCAGAACGGACUUUAUUGUCUUGGCUCAAGAAUGAUAAUCUUACAAUCAGCGCCUUGGCAGAGCCAAUUGAAGAGACUAUAGUCAAAGAAGAGGUUGAAGUUGAGGACGAAUCUCCUUAUUUGGAUCUUGCUCAACACUCUUCUAUGGAUGAAUUUCAGGAGGCUGAAGAAGAAGACGUUGAGGAGCCACCAUCAAAACGGCCGCGUCGGCUUGCUGCCAUGAAAGCUGGGAUUAGUAUUGCCACUGUAUCUGACGACGAUAAUUAUGAGGAUGGACCUCAAACGGAGGAUGUUGUAAAACUAGAAUUUGAAAGUGAUGAGAAUGACAAUAGUGAAGACAUUGCAAAAUUAGAAAAUGAAUCUGACAACGAUAUUUCAUCAUCAGUUCCUGAAAAUAGUACCCACGAGUCCCACGACCAACCUGGACCAUCAGGCCUUGGCAAGAGCGGAACUGAAACACCUCCAACUUCGACUACUCAUCACUCUCGUUAUCACUGGUGCAUUGUUCCUAUGUGCGAAAAUACUUCAAUAAAAACUCCGCAAAAGACAUUUAUUCAAGUUCCAAGGCAGGAAAAUAGAAGGAAAUUAUGGCUUGAUAUGGUUAGGCGAAAUCCAAAGCAAUUUUCCAAAGCCACUUCAGUUUUUGUGUGUGAAGAUCAUUUUGAUUUGGAAAAUGACAUGGAGAACUAUUUACGGUGGAAAAUGAUGGGAGGGCCAAAACUGCUUAAACAAGAAGCUUUUCCACAUAAGUUUGAAUGCCAGAAGAAGAGUCUUACGUGCGAAGUUGGUAGGAUCGAACCAAGGACCGCACAAAGCAGAGACGUAGAGCACAGGGUAUCACACUGUCGACUUUCCGACGCACGCGACAGCGUAUCGACAACACGCAUUCAGAAGAUGGGUGAAGAAAAUCAAAUCGUUGACAAAUUGAAACGCAAAAGGGAAUUGACCAAUGCGCGCGUGAAAAAAUACCGUGAAAGGAAGCAAAUUGAAUAUCAGCGACUGAAUUCUUCGAAGCAGGAAGACCCUAGAGUUCAAUCGAAGAUUGCCGAACGGAAGAAAGCAAUGUCGAAGGAACGUUCGAGAAGGUAUCGUGAGAGGAAACGUCUACUAAAAUCUGUUCAUCAUGUGGUUCAUGAGUCACAAAUUCCUGGACCUUCGCGUUGAAAUCCGCAAGAUGCGUAUUAAUUAGGAAAUCGAUAAACUACGAUUUAUCAUUCUCAGAUUGCUGAAACAUCCACAAAUAUGAAUAUUCCUCUUGUUAUAGGUACGCCAUGAUUCGGGAAAUUUAAAUAUUGAUGAAAAUCUUUCGUCAUUAGGUACUAAACGAUAAAAGUCAACCAAUAAAAGAUGAUGAUUCUGUUUUGGGGCCGCUUCUUUUCCUCCUAUACAG